AUGGAAUCCAACGGUAAUCUUCAUCAUCCAUGCUGCCUAGAGGAAGGUAAAGUUAGUGAUGUUACCUCAGGUGGAGUCACAGAGGUGAAGCUUAGAGAAGUUAGUGAUGAUACCUUCUCAGGUGGAGAGGUGAAGCUAAGAGACAGGAGGAGGAGAGAGUCAGCUCCAGCACUGGGGACAGACUCAAGUGUGUUGGCUGGCCAGGUGCAGGUGAGGGGAAGUAGGAGGACCUCCCGGGGCUCCCAGAGGGCUCUGCUGACCAGCGCUCUGUCAGAGGACGGUGGGUGGGAGGGACUGGAUGGAGACUGGAACACCCCCAAGAGCAGCCGCAGGAACUUCAUAGAGCUGAUGAUGAGCAGCUCCCCACAGGUACGUCGGUCUCUGAUCAACCGCAGCUCUCGUCUCAGAGACUCUGUCAGGAGCGACGGUGACUCCACCUCUCUGCUGUCGUCUGCAGACGGGGACUGUGUCUCAGUGGCCCUGGACCCCCUGGAGCAUGAGUGGAUGCUGUGUGCCUCGGACGGCCAGUGGGACAGUCUGUAUCCGCUGCUCAACCUGGACCCCAGCCUGCUGACCAAGAGGGACUUUGUGACGGGCUUCUCCUGCCUCCACUGGGCUGCCAAGCAGGGCAACGAGGAGCUGUUGACACAGCUACUGGAGCAUGCCAAGCAGAACAAUGUCCCUGUGGAUGUUAAUGUGGUGCAUGUGCUGGUAGACCAGUGGUCUGUAGACCCAGAGGCCAGAGACUACAGUGGGAGGAGAGCUGGCCAGUACCUUCCCCCUGGAGCCUCCUCUACUGCAGCCCUGGAGCCAGGGGGUGGGACCAGCCCUGUAGGAGGAGGAGAAUCAGACACGGAGAACGCAGACAGCGGGGCACAAGGGGGGCGGUGGAGAUUACCCAGAGUUCUCCAGUCCAACCUGAACCCACUGAGGCUGCUGAACGGAUCAGGGGAGGGGGGGGAGGUGGGGGGAGGGGGGGCAGGAAGGAGCAAGGCUGUUCAGAGGAAGUCGUCUCUGAGUCGGAUCAACGCACGGCUCCACCGAGGACGCCAUAAGACCCAGAUCAUCCACAGCACCUCCUUCAGAGGGACGGGGGAGGGAGUGGAGGAGGGAGAAAGGGGGGAGACAAGCCCAACCAGCCCCCUCAAAGGCAGACCAAUUUCCAAUCUGUUUGGAUAA